CUCACUCGCCAAUUGGCAUGGCUGUGGGAGGGCGCCGCUCGCUUUUUGAGUUGGAGAAGAAGGCAGUCUUCGGGAGCGGGCUGCCCGCCUGAAGGAAGCUGGUCUCUCAGGACUAUUUUCUCCCCUCAGAUUGGUGAGCCAACACAAAAACAAUGGCUGACAAUAGUAUAUCAAUAUCGACCUCAGGGAGCACUUGCUUGACAGACUCUUCUAUAUUUGAUGCUAAAGUUGUUGAAGCUCCUAGGGAAAACUUGUUUAUUGGAUCUGCUUCAAAUAAUGAAGAAGAAAUGCCUCAGGUUGAAACACGAGUGAUAAUGGUUCAAGAAGCUGGAAAACAGGAAGAACUUAUAAAAGCCCUAGAGACUAUUAAAAUAAUGGAAAUCCCUGUUAUAAAGAUAAAAGAAAGUUGUCCUGGAAAAUCGGAUGAAAAGUUAGUAAAAAGUAUUGUUACCAUGGAAAUGCAAAUGUCCUAUGUAAGGAUGGAGUCAGUGGAUGAACUUGGAGGUUUGGAUUCCCCAGAAUUUGAGAAUGUCUUCGUGGUCCCGGACUUCCAGGAUUCUAUCUUUAAUGACUUGUACAAGGCUGAAUGUAGAAUUAUUGGACCUCCUGUUCUGUUAAGCUGUGCACAAAAAGGAGUGCCUUUGCCAUUUUCAUGUCGGCCACUGUACUGUACAAGUAUGAUGAAUCUAGUUUUAUGCUUCACUGGAUUCAGGAAGAAAGAAGAGCUAGUCAGGUUGGUGACAUUAGUUCAUCAUAUGGGUGGAGUUAUUAGAAAAGACUUUAAUUCAAAAGUUACACAUUUGGUGGCAAACUGUACAGAAGGAGAAAAAUUCAGGGUUGCUGUGAGCCUGGGUACCCCGAUUGUGAAGCCAGAAUGGAUUUAUAAAGCAUGGGAAAGGCGGGAUGAGCAGGGUUUCUGUGCAGCAGUUGAUGACUUUAGAAAUGAAUUUAAAGUUCCUCCAUUUCAAGAUUGCAUUUUAAGUUUCCUGGGAUUUUCAGACGAAGAGAGAACAAACAUGGAAGAGAUGACUGAAAUGCAAGGAGGUAACUAUUUACCAGUGGGAGAUGAGAGAUGUACUCACCUUAUAGUUGAAGAGAGUACAGUUAAAGAACUUCCAUUUGAGCCUUCAAAGAAACUUUAUGUUGUCAAGCAAGAGUGGUUUUGGGGAAGCAUUCAGAUGGAUGCCCGUGCUGGAGAAACUAUGUAUUUUUAUCACAAGGCUAAUACUCCGGAGCUCAAAAAAUCUGUGUCACUGCUUUCUCUAAAUACUCCCAACAGCAACCGCAAAAGACGUCGUUUAAAAGAGACACUUGCUCAGCUCUCAAGAGAGACAGACUUGUCACCUUUCCCUCCCCGGAAGCGUCCAUCCGCUGAACAUUCCCUUUCUAUAGGGUCACUCUUAGAUAUCUCCAACACUCCAGAGUCCAGCAUUAACUGUGGAGAUACACCUAAGUCUUGUACUAAGUCUUCUAAAAAUUCUACUCCAGUUCCUUCAAAGCAGUCAGCCAGGUGGCAAGUUGCAAAAGAGCUCUACCAGACUGAAAGCAAUUAUGUAAAUAUAUUGGCAACAAUUAUUCAAUUAUUUCAAGUGCCAUUGGAAGAAGAAGGACAACGUGGUGGGCCUAUUCUUGCACCAGAAGAGAUUAAAACUAUCUUUGGUAGCAUCCCAGAUAUCUUUGAUGUCCACACAAAGAUAAAGGAUGAUCUAGAAGACCUAAUUGUUAAUUGGGAUGAGAGCAAAAGCAUUGGUGACAUCUUCCUUAAAUAUUCCAAAGAUUUGGUAAAAACCUACCCUCCUUUUGUAAACUUCUUUGAAAUGAGCAAGGAGACAAUUAUUAAAUGUGAAAAACAGAAGCCCCGAUUUCAUGCUUUUCUAAAGAUAAACCAAGCUAAACCAGAAUGUGGACGGCAAAGCCUUGUUGAACUUCUCAUCCGACCAGUCCAGAGGCUGCCCAGUGUUGCAUUACUUUUAAAUGAUCUUAAGAAGCAUACAGCUGAAGAAAAUCCUGACAAAAGCACAUUAGAAAAAGCUAUUGGAUCACUAAAAGAAGUAAUGACGCAUAUCAAUGAAGAUAAGAGAAAAACGGAAGCACAAAAGCAAAUUUUUGAUGUAGUUUAUGAAGUAGAUGGAUGCCCAGCUAACCUUUUAUCUUCUCACCGAAGCUUAGUGCAGCGAGUUGAAACAAUUUCUUUAGGCGAGUACCCCUGUGACAGAGGUGAACAAGUAACUCUCUUCCUCUUCAAUGACUGCCUGGAGAUAGCAAGAAAACGGCAUAAAGUUAUUGGCACUUUUAAAAGCCCUCCUGGCCACACUCGACCUCCUGCUUCACUUAAGCAUAUUCACCUAAUGCCCCUUUCUCAGAUUAAGAAGGUGCUGGACAUAAGAGAAACAGAAGAUUGCCAUAACGCUUUUGCCUUGCUUGUGAGGCCACCAACAGAGCAGACCAAUGUGCUGCUAAGUUUCCAGAUGAUGUCAGACGACCUUCCCAAGGAAAACUGGCUGAAGAUGCUGUGUCGUCACGUAGCCAACACUAUUUGUAAAGCAGAUGCUGAGAACCUUAUUUACACUGCUGACCCAGAAUCCUUUGAGGUAAAUACAAAAGAUAUGGAUAGUACGCUGAGUAGAGCAUCUAGAGCCAUCAAAAAGACCUCAAAAAAGGUCACACGAGCAUUCUCUUUUUCCAAAACUCCAAGAAGAGCUCUACGGUUGGCUCUCAUGCCAGCCCAUAGCUCAGCUGAGGGAAGAAGUUCUCCCAAUACCGAUAAGCACGCUUUGAGUCGUCUGUCUAGCACAUCAUCUUUAGCAGGCAUUCCGUCUCCCUCUCUUGUCAGCCUUCCUUCCUUCUUUGAAAGGAGAAGCCAUACUUUAAGUAGAUCUACAACUCAUCUGAUAUGAAACUAUAGAAAUCUUAAGUUAUAGAAAUAUAUAAACAUCUUAUGCUCUAGUAAGAAACUGACUGAAAUGGUACUUGCAGUUAGCACUUGGUGAAUGCUGGA